UAUUCGAAUGUUUGAACGUCUCGAUAGUAUUUGGUAUAGACAACCUUGGGCUGUUUUAGGCUGUGGAAUUUUACUUUGGUGUUUGCUACUUUUAGUAAUGAUAUUUUUUUGGUAUAAAUGUUGUCAUAGAGGCAAUGGAGAAAACGAAAAAGAACAAAGAGAAUUUAUUAAAAUUCGUGAUGGAAGUGUUUGUGCUCCAAAUACAACAGUUUUGGGUGAUGCUUUAAAUGCUUUUUGGUCAUCAUCACAUGAACAACAACAGCAACAACAUUAUAAUGCUGGAACUGUUGAAACAUUUACUGGAACAUUAGUUAGAGGAGGGGGAGGAAAUUGUCAUCAUUUGAUAGGGCAUAAUUCUUCUGAAUUGCUAAGAAAUGGAGGGCAUACGGGAGGGAAUGAACUUGUCCAGUUGGGUCAUGCUUUGCAUCAUUAUACCGGUAAUCUUCAUUUGCCACAACAACGAUUUACUAAUCCUGAUGGUUCUCAAAUUGACCCACCCCCAAUUUCUCCCAGUCAUCAUUAUCACUAUACACAAUUACCGGAUAAUUUGAAUUCUCUAGAUAGAAAUGGUGGUCCUUUAAGUACUUUUGCUGCUGCUAGACAACAAAAAACACCUCCAAAAUAUUAUGAUGAUCCAUCUCCUUACGCAACAACAACACUUAUUAACCCUGAAAAUGCUAACAACAAUUUGUGUUGUAAUAGAAGUCAAGGACCAUCACUUCCAUUAAAUCCAGCACCAACAGAACCUCCACGUCAUUUUUUAUCCUCAGCGGCGGUGAUGCGGCCAGCAGCGCCAUACCACCACAACAAUAAAAGUUUCAAUGAAUUGUUGGAACUUGAAAAUAGUUGGCAUAACAGCAAUAAACAUCAAAAUCAAAAUAAACGCAUCGCCGCCGCCGCAACUUUACAACAACGACGACUUAGAAAAGCAUUUUUAGUUCAACAUCAACAUUUUGGGACAACAAGUAGAGGAGGAGGAACUGGUGGGAAAAGGAAUAAUUCUGGACAUUCUACACAGAGGAGAAAUAAUGGAGGUUGUCUGAGGAAUUGUUUAAAUUGA